AUGAAAUUCAGAAGCUUUGAGGAGUUUUGGUCUUUCUACAUGAUGCAACACUCGAAUCCAUCAACGAGACGAUGGCACUUCAUGGGUAUAAUCGGGAGCAUCGUGGCUUUGAUGUGUUCGAUUCUGAUCAGCCUGUGGUUCGUGGCUCUGGUUCCUCUGUUUGGGUACGGGUUCGCUUGGUAUAGCCACUUCUUCGUGGAAGGGAAUAUUCCGGCGAGCUUUGGGCAUCCUGUUUGGUCGUUUCUAUGCGAUCUCAAGAUGUUUUGUUUGAUGCUCACUGGAAGCAUGGACAGAGAGAUUAAGAGACUUGGCAAGAGACCAUUGUUGCAACAGAUCUCUUGA